UUGUUUUCCUUUCUUUUUUUUCUUUUUCUUUUUCCGUUCACUCAUUCUCGUUUUGGGUGAACGAGGGGCAGGGGACUCACUAUUAACCCCUGUCCCAACAUGAACCCAAACCACUUCCCCUCUUUAACACAAAGUCCCAACGAACUUCUGCUACACGCAUCCUCGGGCCCACACACACAAAUUGAAUCCUCAUGGCUCGUGUCCCCACAGAACGCCGGCCGAUCGUCAUCUCCGGGCCCUCGGGCGUCGGAAAAGGCACACUCUUUCAGAGGCUCCUGGACAAAUAUCCCGAUACAUUCGCAAGUACCGUCUCCCACACCACUCGCCAACCCAGACCCGGCGAGGUGGAGGGUUCAGCCUAUUACUUCGUCUCACGGGACCAAUUCGAAUCCCUGAUUGCCGGGGGUGCCUUCAUCGAGUUUGCCGAGUUCAACGGCAAUCUGUAUGGGACUAGCAAGCAGACGAUCAUUGACCAGACCGCGGGAGGAUCGGUUGUCCUGCUUGAUAUCGAGAUGAAAGGGGCCAAACAAUUGAAGCAAGCGCAGUCCAAGGCGGAUUCCCAAAUCAACCCACGAUAUAUCUUCAUCAAACCGCCGAGCUUUGAAGCGCUCGAGGCAAGGCUGAGGGGACGGGGUACCGAGGAUGAGGGGAGCAUUCAGAAGAGAUUGACGCAGGCGAAGGCUGAGCUGGCGUACGCGGAAACGGGAGUGCACGACAAAGUCAUUAUCAACGAUGAUCUGGAUAAAGCUUUCCGGGAACUCGAGGACUUCGUUUUUAAGCAGCCCUAACUACCGGUUCUGAUAUAUAACGGGGAAUUUUGCUACUUCGGGCUGCUCUCCGGCUUACAAAGCAAGAAGAUAUCAAGUUCCGAGAGAAGGGACUGGGUUUUGUUGUCCUAGGGAAUCGCAUUCCUGCUAGCACAUCAGAUGCGAAUGGGUCUUUGAAGCGAAAUCCAACACCGCUACAACUCCACAGGUCAGCCAUGAAGUCUGGCUCCAACCCGUGGCAUUUCGGGACU